ACACACAUCGGUCUUUGCCGCGCUUUGAUCCACUGCAUCGCCUUAAUUCGAUCAAUCUUUGGAAAUUGGUGAGACACGGUAAAUGGGGCGUCGGCUUUAUACGUCGCAUCCGGGUUCUUCACGCGCCACAUUAAAUGUCACGUGCCGGCGCAAUGUGGCCUGGAGUACUACCGUUACUGGUGUUACUAGCGGUCCUGCUGCAUCCAUCGAGAUGUACGCAGGCAAAGGUGAACUUCCGGGAGAAGGAGAAGCAAGUGCUGGACAACAUCCUAGGACCAGGCCGGUACGAUGCGCGCAUCCGGCCGAGCGGGGAGAACGGAACAGAUGGGCCGGCCAUUGUCCGGGUAAACCUGUUUGUGCGAAGCAUUGCGACAAUUAGUGACAUCAAGAUGGAAUACUCCGUACAAUUAACAUUUCGGGAACAAUGGUUGGAUGAGAGAUUACGGUUCAAUGACUUUGGAGGUCGGCUUAAAUAUUUAACUCUGACGGAGGCUAGUCGCGUUUGGAUGCCGGAUCUGUUCUUCUCGAACGAGAAGGAGGGUCACUUCCACAACAUCAUUAUGCCCAACGUAUACAUACGCAUCUUCCCGAAUGGCUCCGUUCUUUACAGCAUACGGAUAUCCCUGACGCUCUCGUGCCCCAUGAAUCUGAAACUGUAUCCCCUGGAUCGACAAGUUUGCUCACUUCGCAUGGCCAGUUACGGGUGGACGACGAAUGAUCUGGUCUUCCUCUGGAAGGAGGGCGAUCCCGUACAAGUGGUGAAGAACUUGCACCUACCUAGGUUCACCCUGGAAAAGUUUCUCACGGACUAUUGCAAUAGUAAAACGAAUACUGGAGAGUACAGUUGCCUGAAAGUGGACCUGCUGUUCAAGAGGGAAUUCAGUUACUAUCUCAUCCAAAUCUACAUCCCGUGCUGCAUGCUCGUUAUCGUGUCCUGGGUUUCCUUCUGGCUGGAUCAGAGCGCCGUGCCUGCCCGGGUGUCACUAGGCGUUACGACACUGCUGACGAUGGCCACGCAGACAUCAGGGAUAAACGCCUCACUGCCACCGGUCUCCUACACGAAGGCUAUCGACGUCUGGACGGGGGUGUGCUUGACCUUCGUGUUCGGCGCUCUACUCGAAUUCGCGCUGGUCAACUAUGCGUCGCGCAGCGACAUGCACAGGGACAACAUAAAGAAGCAGUUUCCACCAAGUGAGAUGGAGCAUUCGUCGUCGAUCGACCCAUCAUCGGAGCUACUGGAGCCGGACGGAUCCGCCAAUUUCGCCAUGCAGCGUCAUCGUUCCGGUAGCAAUCAGUUGGGGCCGCAGCAUCAUUCGCUGCCGCGUAUAUACCAGCAGGACCAUCAUCAGCAGCAUCACCAGCAGUCACCUCAUCGUCAUCGUUACCAUCCGGCGGACCGUUCGCCGUCGCCGUCGUUCUCACCGUUGAACGACGAGGAUUGCCGGUGCUCGCCGUCGAGAGCGUCGCGACACUCGCGCAGGAAUUCAGCGAGAUCGUCGCCGUCGCCGUCACGAUGGCCGUCGCCAGCCUCCUCGGCGUCACCGUUAGGGACACCGUCGCGCAACAUGUCGCGCGCCGCGACACCCUCGCCGCCGAUCGCGGCGUCGGUGUCACCCGCGCCACCUCCCGCGCCGACGGAACCCUUGCAGAAUGGGUGCUGGGACAUGCGGCGUAAACUGUUCACCUGUCGUGCCCAAGGCAGCGCGAGGAUCGACAUAUUCGCGCGUGUCGCCUUCCCCCUCAUGUUCAUUCUCUUCAACUUCGCGUACUGGUCUAUCUAUCUGUUUCGCGGCGACGACAACGUGGCCAUAAAGAAUUGAGAGCACGGAGGGAAGCGUGACGGAGAUUGGAAUCGCGUGUACGAAGCCACAUGCUUGAGGUCGGAUCCUCGAGGAAGCGCCGAUCAGGCGAUUUCAGAGCCUGCGGUGCUCUUGAAGUAAUCCUCGCGACAUCAAUGAUCGAGAUCGCAGUUUGCUGCGGACAAGGACCGACCGUAGGCACUUCGACGAAGGUGUUCCUCUACUGCCCGCGCCCGAAACCGGGAAUAUUCCAAGACGAGAAUCUCGAGAAUAUCAGCGACGUUACAGCGACGCUCAUGUGAACGUUUCACGAUGGUGGGUAAAACCUGACGACGAGGACGAGACGCGAAACACAGCUGCGCACACACACACACACACGCACACACACUUCACGCGAUACACGUACCUCAUGAUAUCCGCUCGGAAGACCGCGUGCCACAGAAAUUGAACUGAAAGCGUAGUGGGCCCUGUAUAGCCACGGCCUGUUAACAAUUAAAAUGAAAGCGUAAAAUUUAUAAGUAUAAUACUAUAUCUAUGUUGCGCGAGAUCCCGCGCGGCGUCCUCGAGCGAGCGAGCGUGCUCGUCCGUGGACACGCGCGCGCGUGCAAACGCGACGCUCCGCUCGAGCGUCGCGUCGUCACCGGGCUGAGGGUGUUCGCCGUUGCGGAAUUAACGUCGGACAGACCUCGGAUCCGGUGGGAGUUACCGUAAGAUAGGAUAACGGAUGAGAUACACGCGAUAUAGUCGAGGCAACAGUCUCUUCAAUUACAUUGGCGAAACUCGCGAUACUCGCGUGCGGCAAAUUCUAUUUACACUGGACGUUUCAUUGUCGCUUCGCGACGAAGUACGUUCCGCUAUGUUAUCUUGAUGUAUCGCUGUACGGUUAUCCUUUCUUAGAGCUUCGUUACACUCGCGAAGGUUUGGCCGGAACGUUGAGGAACGCUGGAAGGUUCUUCUAGAACCUCCUAAAUCUAAAAAAGUAUUGAAGACGUUCCGGUAAUUUUCCGAGUGUACGAUGGCUCUACUGGUACGAGCUGGCGGAUUUUUAAUAUACAUCCUAGCGGUACCAAGUGGCGGCGUGGACAGGACCCUUGAAAGUCUAUAUUUCAAUAUUUUUCUAUUUGUUCAGUAUAACUUGAGAGACAAGAAGAAGAAAAGUUGUCUCGGUGAAAUUCAAGGUGUCAAGACUUUAAUCGUUGCAGCUUAAUGCUCUUAUGUUAAUGGACUUUGGGAGCGUUCCAUUGCCCAUCCACCACUGAUAAUGUACAGGAAAGUUACAUUGGUACCGCUAGAGGCUUAAAUCCUUAUCCGGGCGAUUCUUUACUCUUGAAAGAAUUUCAGAAAAAAAAGCUAAAGCUCGCCGAGCCAAUUAUUCAACGCGAGUUGUCAGCGAAGGAGAAUUCGAGAUUUAGUUUUAAGCAAAUUCAAGCGAAAGUGAUAAAACGAAUAACAAAAGGCGGUAAGUCUGAUGGAUUCCUUUUUUCUCACGAGGAUGAUCCGACGCCCGGAUUAGGAUUAACGGAGACGCGAGUGCGAGCUGAGAGCGACCGCAGGCGCGCGAUACCAAGUACCGGCGAAGCGGUCGCGUCGCGCGCAAAUCGCGAACAGCGUAUAUUUCCUGUUUCCGCUGUCCCGGGUCAGUCGCCGGAGGAAGGAAUCCCUCGGCGACGCUGGCUCGGGGUUCCCACAUGUAUUGCUCAGAAGAGAUCGGCGAUGCCGCGCGGUCCAGAGGAGAAGCUACCCCUGCCGUCUUCGAUCUGCGGUGUCGUCGACCUCACAGACGGAAGAACUAGGAGACGACGACGACGAAGACACAUAGAACGUGCUCACAGAAAGAGAGGGAGAGAGAGAGAGAGAAAGGAAUAAAAAGAAGAAGGAGGAAAAGAGCGGUGCAGGUGAUAGUUGUAUUUUUUGAGACAUUCGACUGGAGACGCUACAUCCUCAAAGGAGAGACGACACAGCACGGACACCGGCGUCGACGGCAAAUCUCGACGAAGUCCCCCCCGUUCCACACAUAUACACGGCGGUUAACGAAGCGAGAAGGGGAUGUGCGUGCGAACAGACAUCUCAUAACUGCUUGCGGCGAAAGUAGUUUCAUCCUGGAGGAGUCCUGGGGUCCACGGUAGAUUGUGCGGGGAACAAAUCUCUCCCCGAUGGACAAUUCGCGGAAUGGAGAAAGUUUCGCUGACGACGUGUCCGAUCGCAGCCCAUUCCCGUUCUUGCCCACUCGUCGUAUAUCUUCUUCCUCUUACUUUGCUACUUACGUGCAACCGGUAUCACGCGCGUGCGUAAGAAGAAGCGAGAAUCUCGCGGGUACGACAAACCGCCCGCUUUCUUCGAUGAUUGUAUCUUGCGCCCUCGUAGUUGUGCCUAAGGACAGAUGUACGUGCACGAUGGACCUACCUUCUUCUCCACGGUCACGUGGCGAAGGCACUUGAACGCCGAAUCAACGUCGGCGCCGACAUAAAUCGCUCAGUACCGAUUCAACCGUCGAUUCAAGAACCUCGAUAUUGCCUCCUGCACAAUUCACGUGAAUCUAUCCUUAGGCGCAACAGGUCUCUUGCAGUUCCGCGGGCGCUAUAAAUGUCAUUCACGAUAACUGUGUUUUUUUAUAAUGAAUCGCCGCACUUUUCGAGGAUAUUAUUAUUAUUGUAAAAGUAUUAUAGGGGAUAUUAAGCUGUGGUAAGGUGUUUGUAUUUCUGGUGAGAUUAUUCGAUUCGAUUUAGAGGAGGCGGACUUGUUUGGUCCUGAAGGGGGAUGAAAUCUCAUCGCGAGCGAACGAGCGAGAAAUUAUCUUCUGUCCCGGACGGUCGCGGCAACUGAGAGAAACACCUGCACUAUUUAGCGACUGUGCACCACGUGAAAGUCUUGCGUUUACCCUUUCGGGGAAGCCAGUUUCCUGCCGUUUGUAGCAAUAGCACCUCGUCGUAUAUGCCGUUAUCGAUUAUUGUCAUUCAGUGGAAAUUCGGCCGAGCGUCGGACAGUAUACUGUAAUCUCUCGACCCGUGACUCGUAACUCGUCGUCAACGAUGAGACGGGGAAAGCUGACGUAUCCGCAAAUUCGGAUGUAUGUACAUAGGAUAUCUGGCACGAGUUCAUCGGUUGCCAUCAACGUUCAUUGCGCGCUCACGCAGUAAGACAUCCGAACCGUCGCUUCCAGCAAUCCAACUAUCGCACGUGAUCCAACACGUAGUAAUCGUACAGUAUUAUAUGAUAAUUAUUAUCGCGAUGUAACGUUAAGAAUACUCGGAAGGGACAUCCGAUCUUGAUUUCUUGCUCAUUCGGAGAAUAUUCUCACGUAGGUAUAAUGGAGAUCUCGGUGUAAACGGGCGGAGCAAUCCCCGUCUUUGUCUCCCUAUUCUAUUCUUCUCGCGUUCUCAAGUCAUUUCAGAUCGCGUAUCUCUCUCUCUUUGCUCCACCUAUUUAUACCGUGUUUACGGUUCGGGUGUGGUACACAAGGAUCGUUGCUACGCGCGCGUAAAUACCCGACGGUACUCUGGCUUCCGGGAUGAGCCGGGAGUGAGCGACACCGUGUAUAUUUAGGGAUGACUCUGUACGUGUUUACGUUAGAGACUUUAAGGGGACAUAAAGCCAGUAUUCACACACGAGACUAUUACACGUAGAGAUCGGCGAGUGAUCGCGUAACUAGCUGUCGCGAUAUGCAUCGCCAGGCUGUACAUAGUAAAUCACACGAGGCACGCGAGAAUGCGUUUAAAGGAUGGUUUCACGUACAUCCCCGUGUACAUCCGCGCGCCUAUCAGCACACGUAGACAGCUUCAUCGACGCUGAGCAAUUCGAAUUAUCAGAUCAAGAUAAUUGCGUGAGGCCGGUUUUCUUCGCGAAGCUGCAGGUUGGCCGGCAAGACGACUCUUGCGCGUUUCAUCGCUUCAUCAAUUAGUGCGACCUCGAUGAUAAGAGCAUCGUGUCCAAGAUACUUCGCUCCGUUUCGCGAAGAGUCACGGGGAAAGACGAUCGAGAGAUUAUAUUAUCUCGGGGCGCCGAUUCGCUCCAGGAACAGUCCGUUCUUGCGCUUCCGUGCGUGCACCGGCGAUCUUUCGACAGACAUACAAACGCAUCACAUGCAUACACACACAUAUACAUACAUGCACACGGACACACCGCCUAAAAGCGUAAUCGUAGUAUCUGUGCAAUGGCAACCGGGCUGCAACGAGCGGCACGAGAAACGUCUUUCUCCGAAGAAGCUUCUUCCCUGAGUUGUUUGGCCGCGUUACGUAUUGAAACGUGGGACUGAAAGCGAUCGCACUUGACGCCUUGAUGCGCCUGGCGACCAGGCAACGAUUCUGCUUCCAACGUUUCGUCUGGGUACCUCGUCAUCGACGCGCCUUCCUCUUCACGGAGGAGCCGCUGCUCUUCGGUCUUCGAGAUGAGGCUUCCUUAGUUAUUUUAGCGGACGAUCGACUGAUGUCUUAGCCAGGACCUCAUAGAAUCUGCUGCACGCGCGCAGGCAAGCGUAUCCUCCUCGGUCCUCUGACGGAUGAGAAUUAAGAACUCUACAGAGCUCAGAAGAAGAGAAGGAGGAGAGACCAGGGGGAGGUUUCCGAACCGAGGAGGCUACGUGGUGGUGACCGGCAGUUAGGCACGGCCGUAUAAAUUUUGGCUCUCACAUCCUUGUCACUCGCUUGUGCUUGGGGGGUCACUUCGGUCCAGGCGAGAUCAAUCCGCACACCGAAAGAAAAGGAGGAACACAUUAGCGUCUCUCUCUCACAUACAUGCAUACACACACGAGUAUAUGACCCUCGCACGCACACAAAGUACGAUCCUGUUGUAUCGCAGAUAUAAUUAUAUAGGCGCGCCAUAGCUCUCUCCCACAUCCGAGAACACACCUGAAAGGGGUAUUAAUGUUAUUGUUAUAUGCGUACGUUGUAAUAUAUGUGAACGAAGCAUGCUGACGCCCUGUAAACGAAAUAAAUCCCUCCUUUAUCCCCCGAACAACUCUCAUGCGAGGAGCUUGUUAAUACACGCACACACGUACAUGUACACGGACACACACACAAACACAUACAUAUACUGUGCGUGUCCGCGCAAGGAAUAAUCUCGCGUUACAAUCCGACAACGCGCGCACGUUUAUCACGUCGCGAAGACACAGUCCGAUGGAAAAAAAAUCGCACUUCAACAUUAACAUUACGAUUAGAACAUCGGUAGUAUCGUUUUCUUACAGUCACUGACGGACGGCGAGCGAGUCCGCGGCCGCUUGGCCGCAAAAUACGGAACACCAGGGGCAAGCCGCGUUCGAAUCGAGAGGCGCAAGCUUUCACUAAACUAUAACUAUUAUCGGACGCCGAAUUAUAACGAGUGUCAAAAUA